GUCGGAUACGCUGGGGUUCGGAACCACUAUGCCGAGCACCGCGGUACCGGCUCGGAUCUGAGAGCUGUGCCCCCCCUCGGUGCCAGUCAUCCGGUUGGAGUCCAGAGCCACCGGAGGGGAAGGUGAGGUUCCAGGUUUUUGAAGCUCGGUGGGCUUUCCAAAGGCGUCCGAUGCCAGGACUGUGAGUGUGAGGCCGACUCCAGGCUUCUGUCGGUGUUUUCUACCUGUUAAAGACACGCUCAUGUCACACAAACAGAAGAUGGACCGGAUCUGCGUGCUCUGUGUUCUGCUGCUCUGCGUCGUGGUCAAAGCCUCAACAAGAGCCGUCGACCAAGGAAGAACCAGAGGUCUUCGUGUUUCCAGACCUCUGAUCCUGCCUGGUUACCCAGAAAACACCACAGCGGUGGUAGGAGGCGGGGCCACGCUGGUGUGUAAAGUCCACCGGCCGGCGUCCACCAGGGUCCAGUGGUUGAAGACAGAGGUUAGCAGCUCCUCCACAGGGCAAAGCCAGGGAGAACAGCUGCACCUGAGGGCUCUGACGGCUCUGCAGAGUAACGCUUCCAAAGUGUACACUCUGCAUCUGACCAACAUCAGUGUGGAGGAUGCAGGAGAGUACCUGUGCAUGGCAGAGAGCGUCCACUCAGGACAGACGCUCCAGGCCAUGCAGUCAGCCUGGCUGGAGGUCCUACCAGGAAGGAUCAUUUCCCGUACUGUGGAGCUGACUGCUGCUCACAUCCCUACAGAUGUUCUGGAGGACCUGAGUGAGGACACCAGUGAACAUCUGCUCUUAGAACCCGGUAAUGUGCUGAAGCUCCGCUGCGACCUGAACACCAGGCCCGGCAUGGCGGUCAGCUGGUACAAAGAGAGCGUCCGAGUUCUGCCCACGCCUCGCAUCCAGAUCCGCGGGGCCGUCAUGGAGAUCACAGAUGUGACGUAUGAGGAUUCAGGCGUUUACGUCUGCGUUCUGCGAGGAACCAAAGAGCCGCUGAGGAACUUCACCAUCACUGUGGCAGACUCUUUGGGUUCAGGUGACGAUGACGAGGAUAACGGCUUCGAUGACACGUCAGCUGAGAUUGAGAAUGACCAGGUUUACAUUUCCAGAGGUCCCUAUUGGACCCACAUCCAGCGGAUGGAGAAGAAACUGCAUGCCGUCCCUGCGGGCAACACGGUCAAGUUUCGAUGUCCGGCCAUGGGUAGCCCCAUGCCGAGCAUCCGCUGGCUGAAAAACGGACGGGAAUUUAGAGGCGAGCAUCGCAUCGGAGGCAUCAAGCUGAGACAUCAGCACUGGAGUCUGGUGAUGGAGAGCGUGGUGCCGUCAGACAGAGGAAACUACACCUGUGUGGUGGAGAACAAAUAUGGAUCCAUCGCUAACAGCUACAUUCUGGAUGUCCUCGAGCGCUCCCCCCACAGGCCCAUCCUCCAGGCCGGUCUACCUGCUAACACCACAGCUGUCGUCGGCCAAGAUGUCCAGUUCCACUGCAAAGUCUACAGCGACGCCCAGCCUCACAUCCAGUGGCUCAAACACAUUCUGAGGAACGGAAGCCGCUACAGUCCAGAUGGGACACCCUACGUCCAAGUCCUGAAGACGGGCAGUUUAAACAUGUCUGAGGUGGAGGUGCUCUACCUGUCUAAAGUCACACUGGAGGAUGCAGGAGAAUACACCUGUCUGGCUGGAAAUUCCAUUGGAUUCGCCCACCAGUCUGCCUGGCUUACCGUACUAUCAGAGGAGGAAGCCGAUGCUUUGGACACCAUGGAGACCAAGUACACUGACAUCAUUAUCUACGCCUGUGGUUUCCUGGCUCUCAUAAUGGCCAUCAUCAUUGUGGUGUUGUGUCGGAUGCAAGGUCAUCCCAGAAGGGAGCCGUUCGAUGCCCUCCCUGUUCAAAAACUCUCAAAGUUUCCACUUCGCAGGCAGUACUCAGUGGAGUCCAACUCAUCUGGGAAGUCCAGUGCGUCUCUGAUGAGGGUGGCUCGCCUCUCGUCCAGCUGUUCGCCCAUGCUGGCUGGAGUCAUGGAGUUUGAGUUGCCCUAUGACCCUGACUGGGAGUUCCCCAGAGAAAAUUUAACAUUAGGCAAACCUCUGGGAGAAGGCUGUUUCGGUCAGGUGGUCAGAGCUGAGGCGUACGGCAUCAACAAAGAACCGCCAGACCAGGCCACCACUGUGGCAGUGAAAAUGCUCAAAGAUGACGCCACAGAUAAGGACCUGGCAGACCUGAUCUCAGAAAUGGAGCUGAUGAAGGUGAUGGACAAACACAAGAACAUCAUUAACCUGCUGGGCGUGUGCACACAGGACGGCCCUCUGUAUGUGCUGGUGGAGUAUGCCUCCAAAGGCAGUCUGAGGGAGUACCUGCGGGCUCGUAGACCUCCGGGCAUGGACUACACCUUUGAUGUGACCAAAGUGCCUGAGGAGCAGCUGACCUUCAAAGACCUGCUGUCAUGUGCCUACCAGGUGGCCAGAGGGAUGGAGUACCUGGCCUCCAAAAGGUGCAUCCACAGAGACUUGGCGGCCAGAAAUGUUCUGGUGACGGAGGACAAUGUGAUGAAAAUCGCUGACUUUGGUCUGGCCAGAGGAGUGCACCAAAUUGACUAUUACAAAAAAACCACCAAUGGUCGUCUGCCCGUUAAGUGGAUGGCACCGGAGGCUUUGUUCGACCGAGUCUACACCCACCAGAGCGACGUGUGGUCAUUUGGCGUUCUGAUGUGGGAGAUCUUCACGCUGGGCGGGUCGCCGUACCCUGGCAUCCCUGUGGAGGAGCUGUUCAAACUGCUGAAGGAAGGACACCGCAUGGACAAACCCUCCAACUGCACACAUGAACUGUACAUGAUGAUGCGUGAGUGCUGGCACGCUGUUCCCACCCAGAGGCCGACCUUCAAACAGCUGGUGGAGGAGCUGGACCGAGUCCUGCUGUCCAUCUGUGACGAGUACAUCGACCUGUCCACGCCCUUCGAGCAGUACUCUCCAUCGUGCGAGGACACGUCCAGCUCCUGUUCCUCAGACAACGACUCUGUCUUCACCCACGACGCCUCGUCCACCGACCCCUGCCUCCUGGGAUACCACCACGUCCUGUCCCGGAUAGACGGCAAGACGGCGCCGCGAUAAACGCACGCACGGACGCACGGACAACCAACCCCAGGAACAUGUGACAGCGUUAACCUUUGACCCCGACAGAAGGCAGCGUUUGUACCUUUAACUCAGCUCUGUUUGGGACGUCCUUUACCACAGACGACGCCUUAACACACACACAUGUACACACACGUACACACACGUACACACACGUACACACACGUACACACACAUGUACACACACAUGCACACACACGUACACACACAUGUACACACACAUGCAGAACACACACACGUACACACACAUGUACACACACAUGCACACACACGUACACACACAUGCACACACAUGUACACACACGUACACACACACCUGGAGCGUUGAGGCCGCUGGUUUUCUGAACGCUGGAAGGUGGAAUGCAGAAGUGGGAGGAUAAACGACACAAACCUGAGCUGUCUCCACCACCAGUGGUGACUUUGGAGCGAACGUUAACAGUGAACAGAGACGAGCCGCUGCUGCACACGCCUCACAGCCUCCAACAUCCAACUCCUCCAAAAGCCAAAAACCUGGGCUUGAAAUCUCAAUGAUAAAGACAUUUUUUAACAUAAAAAGAUUUAUUUUGCUAUGAUAAAAAAGAAGAAAACUGAUUGUUGAAUAUAAAUCUCUCUAUAUAAGAUUAUUUUACUUUUUUUGUGGCUUAUUUAAAAAGAAAAAAGCGGGGUUAAAUCUCAGGAUAUCUCGUGCUAAGAAGUUGCUGUAGCGGCAGCAAAGUGCCUGAAUUUAUGAUUUCCUGUGAAUAUAUUAGAAUAUUCGAAUAUCGUAUGUACAUAUCAUCGACAGAAAGGGGAUCGCCUUUUAUAAAUUAUUCUAAAUGACUAUGGAGGACUGAACCUGCCAUACUGAAAAAUAUAUACACAAAUAUAAAAAUGGCAUGAUAAGUUCAUUUCCAUACCAUUUAUUUGUCUAU